GUGGAGUGGGGGAGGGGGGAGGGUGGUGGUGGUGCGAGUGCGUGGGGAGGAGAGUAGUGGUGGAAGGGGGUGGUAGUGGUGGUUGUGGUGGUAGUGGUAGUGGUGGUGGUGGGGAUGGGCAAAAGGAGCUUAGUAUCGCCGCCGCCUCACCAGCGGACGGUCGUGUGUGUAGCCGUGCCUCACCAACCCCACCUCACAGCCCACCCUCCCACGCCGCUGAAACCACGCCCACGCCCCACCCCCCGCCCUCACCCGGGCGUCGUAAUCCACGGCACGCCCACGGCAACCCAGUAGUGGAAACAGUAACAGCCAAGGAGAGUGUAGGAGAGACGUUUCAGGUGAUCAGUAGUACUAGUGAGGUGUUGACAAGAUGUUCUGGGGAGAGUGUUGAGAGUCUGCUCUACACCCCAGACCACAAGACCAACAGGAAGAAGAAGUUUAUUAUCAUCCUUAAAGGUCUGCUGAGCAAGUCGAAGCGUAGUGACAAGAGGAAACAUCGUGGGAGGACCAGUGGUACUGUUAGCACUCAUGAUAGCACCAACUUAGCCCAAACCAAAACUGAUCAGUCCAUCGCUGAGUUUAGCGACAGUGUAGAUGGUAAAAUAGUAAGCAGUAACAGUGGUGAAAGCAGAAGUGCUGCUAGCAGGGCAGGACUAGUGCAGGGUGAAGGUAGUAGUGAGAGUAACGUCCCUGAGGCGAAGCAAGGGCUACCUUCCUACCUCCACCACGUUAACUCCCCCCAAGAGGGUGAGCGGCAGCCCGCAGCCGCAGACGACACACCUGCUGAUGCUGCGGGUAGAGGGAGCUUCCUACAGGACCCCUGCGGCAGGAAUAGUGAUGAGAGUAGCGUCGAGGGAGUGUCCCCAACCUGUUUGGGCACGCAGACACAACUAACUCUUCUCUACCACGCUGCUCUCACUCGUAACACUGGCGUAGAAAACGGCACACGACACCCAAAUAAGUGUCAGGGAAUUGUCACCUCUUCGUCAGUGCCAAACGUUAGUGACACGCAACAUCCCGUCCUCCAACACAACACCAGCAGUGAAUCCAACCUCCACCAGUGUCACCCAGACACUACACCACCACUUGGCUCCUCUAGUACAACUCAAACCACUCUAGAAAACAAUGACGUAUCAACUCCCGUUGUAGUGCUUAGUGAAUAUCGUAUUCUUGAGGAUAAUCGCGAGAAUUGGUUCUCUGGUGUAGUUACGACUGGUGCUUCUGAAAUUAUAGAAAAUAAUUUUGAUAAUCGACCAUUUCCUGAUAUUGUGAAUGGUAAUUCUGAAAGUGCUAUAGAUAAUAAUAAUCUUGAUAAUCGACCAUUUCCUGAUAUUGUGAACAGUAAUUCUGAAAGUGCUAUAAAUAAUAAUGUCGAUAAUCGAUCAUUUCUUGAAAAUGUGACCAGUGAUUAUGAAAAUUCCUUAGAUGAUAAUCAUAAUUAUCAACCAUUUAAUAAUUUUGUGAAUGGUCACUCUCCAUUUAUUGAAGAUAUUAGCGAUGAUCGAACAUCUGACGUAGAGUUGUGUUUUCUUGAUACUAGUGUUGAUGGUGACCAUAUCAGCCAAUCAUCGGCCGAGUUUGUUACUGCUGCGUCUGAAACUAGCGUUGGAAAAAGUCUUGUAAGUCCAGACUUACCUAAAGUCUGGAGCCUUAGCCAUCCCUGUGAUAGUGAGACUGAAGAUUUCAACAGGGACAUCUUACAAGAGAAGGCUGACUCUCUUCAUUCUUGUGAUUCUGAGUACUGUUCAGUCUCCCAGUGGGACGACAACACCAGCUGUCUACCGUCGUCUGGUCGUGGGUGUGAGAACACAUGCAGUGUCCCAGAGUGGUUGUGUUUACCCCAAGACGCGCAACACAAUGGGUUUGGAGCAGGUUCUGACGAGGAGGAUUGUGUUCUGAACAAUACAGAGAGCGGAAGUGAGGCAAGCGGCAGUGCUCCAGUGCUUGAGGACUUUACCUGUCGGCCGGAGCCACACUGUGACCGACUCACGCUACACGGACCAGCUACUACUGCUGUUGCUGCUACUGCUGCUGAGGCUGCAACACACACUCCGGAAACAGAGUCAUUAAGUGGUUCGCUUAGUGACUCGGACCAUAGCGACAGCAGUGACGACUAUGAUCUCCCUCCUGUUGACGACAGCGUGUAUGAUCUGCAGUUCGAUCCUUACUUUUACCAAGGAAGCAUUUCCCUAGAGGACAUCCCAGACGACCAGCCCAUAGAUUACCCUUGCCCCUAUGACGUGAACGGGGAAUACGUGUCCGCUAGCAGUCGCCAGUAUAAUCCACACUUUUCCUAUAUAGACAACUGGAAGUACAACCCCGUCACAACCCCCGGAGAUCUAUACAGGAGUCAGAGUCAUCCAGAAGACAUCAGUCAUCGCCACUACGAAGACGAGCCUUUGGACGCCAACGCCCCACUUCACGUAUUCCUGAGCCAACCUCUUCCCUCCCAGGUCUCGACAGGCUUCUCUCUAGAGACGACACUUCUCAGGCCCAGGAAACGGGGAGAAUUCAGUUCGUUGUGUAGUUUCGGCGGCUCACAACUCUACACCAUCACUGAGGAGGUUGAGAGCGACGACUACUACGACGACUUCCACACCAGGAGGAAUUACUCAGAGUCUGAUCUCUACUGUGGAGAUCCAGAGGGGUUCUACAGUGACUCGCACUACAUCAGUUCCGACCUGUACUACGGUGAUACAGACUCUGAGAGUGAAUCGACUAUUCACAGUGAACUGUCAGACUUCAGGCUGUCGACAGAAACUCUUGAACAAGACUCAGAAGAGUUUGAGGAAGCUGACCAGUGGUCGCGGGACGCCACCGAUGACAAUCAAGUGGUUUCUGAGAUUAAUAUUAAUCCGUUUUUUGAAUCUUGCUCAGAUAAAACUAAAUACAUAAAUAACCACUCCCAGAAACACACUAUAACAUACGAGAACCCGGAAUGCAUCUCUGAAACUUCUCUGAUAGAGAAUUCAACUUCACCUUUUGAAGAAGUUGAAGAUUUGCCUGUUCUGGACUCCGAGAGUUCGUGUCAGGGUGAGUACCCAGAUGAAUUCUUCCUCUUUUGCUCCGAGGCAGAGAUCACAGACAUGGAAGUGAUGGAGAAGGUCGAUAUGUUACCCUACAGCAACAAUAAAGACGACUUCACCUAUUUCAAGGUGGAGGGUAAGGUGUCAGGCAGGAGUAGUCCUGCGGACCAAGACUUUCUCUUGGAAAGUUACACCUGCAGCGUGGAGAAAAACAACAGCUACACGAACGCUGACAACAGCAGGAAGACCACAACUGCCGUGCCUUACAACUCUUUCUGGGAAGGUAACGUUAAUGGAACGGCACAUGGAAGAAAAGAAUCCUACACUCCUGUCUACCAGAACGUACUCGUCAACACCCGCCUCUCCAAGUCUAACCCGAAUCUAGCUAGUAUCACUGACGAGGUUGAGCAUUCUAGGCAGGUGUCGCGUCCUGUGUAUCAGAACGUUCCAGUGUCAGCUAAGAGGUACCAUCUGCCAGCCACCGAAGAUGAUAUCAAUAAUGCCAACGUAUAUGACAGGAACAGUAAUUACCCGGAUUACCGGAGCGAGGAGAUACACGUCAAUAAAUGUUAUUCCCCGUACAUGAACGUGCCUUACAGCGGGCCGAGAGGAGAGGCAUCAGCUCAAUAUCGAAGUGAGUCUCAGAUGACAUCAUCGAGCUCCCUGGUGGGUAGCUUGGACCUCCUGUCAUCGAACGGUUAUGGUGACACGCACUUUGAGGAGCACCACCAUAGCCGAGACCUAGAGUCUAUGAGAUAUCGAAGCCAAAGGGCCAGCCAGGACCUGAGAUUUGUGGGAGUUGCUCAGUGCCCACAGGUUGAAGCCUCUUUUGGCCUCCACAACCCGAGCUUCCUGGACAGAGAGUCAUCGACUCGAAGUGCGGCAGCCUUCAGCGCCUACGCCUCCAACACCAGUCUUGAUCACGAUACCUUCUCCAAAACAUCAAAAAUCUACAAGUGGAACGGGUCCUCUUCAGUCUCAGACCUGACUUCGCUGAACCGUGACCUCUCACCCAGUCCCCCUGGGCUCACAAGAGGGUCAGCUUCGGCCACUGACCUGAGCCGGGUCACCCCUGACGAGGAGGGAGGCAUACCCAGGAGGGCGUCCCUGGGGGAGACCAGCUACGCCGCCUGGUGUGCCCAUGUUCACGAAGAUCAAGACGGACAAGAAGAGUUCGUCCUUUCUCAUGGCCACAGAAAUACAUCUCCCUUCGUCUUCACUCCUCACCCGAAGAGCGGGAAGAGAGCCAUGAUGGAGUUCUACGUCAACACACUGACCAGCGACUCCGACACUGGCUCCGACUCCUCCACCACCGCCUCCACCACCGACUCCGACACCGACAACGACGACGACGAGGAUGGUACUGGUGGUCGUUCCUACCAGGUCACGGCCCCAGGAGACGGACUGCUGGCCACUAUAGAGGAGGACGCUGAGGAAGAUUCCGGUAACGAGAGUUCCGGUCAUUGGCUCUUUUCGGCCGACAACACCGAUACUGAUUCUGUCAUUCAUCUGCCAGCGGUGAUUGACACCUGUCCACCUGUCCACCCUCUCCACCACACCUUACAUGAGGGCGAGAGCAGCGGCAGCGAGGAGACUUUAGUAGUGGAGGACGAGCAGGAGAACGCUGGCCAGGGGGUGGGGAGUAGCCAGCAACAGGAAGUGGGGGUGGUGAAGAAGAGUCACGCUCUCACCACUACCGCACCCACUACCACUACCGCACUUACUACCACUACCGCACCCACUACCGCGGCCACCGACACUCAUUACGACCCGUCUGCUGUCUGUGAGAGGGACCAGGGAGGAGCAGCGGGGACGGGCAGUGUUGUGAGUACGUCGGACCGGAGACGACGCUUGCACGAAGGCAGGGCUGGUGUGCCGCCCACUGGUCGCCGCCCACUGCCCACCAUGCUGGGUCGCGCCCACGUCGCCGCUACACUGUACGAACAGCAACUGGAUGAUGUGUUCGACUUUGAAAGUCUUGAGAGCUGUGAGAGUGUGUCUGGAGGCAGUGAAGCUUCGUUCUCCGCCCACGACAACACCAGCCUGAACGACACUCAUCUCGUUUUCACCACCUCCGCCACUUCCCAACCCUUCGACGACGCCGCCAGUGGCUACAUUGAAGACGACAACAGUGACUCCCGUCAUCUGACGGUGCAAGAGGAGGCAUGGAGUACCCCCUCACGACCACCACACAGCCACGACGAAACGACCAGUGCCCCGCCGCAUCUCAACACGACUUUCGUGGUGGACGGCAGCCAGCAUACUAUACUGGAGAGGUCGCUUGAGGGCGUCCUUCCCGGCCUUGCGUCCACUCUAAGUGGUUUAAACGGUGAUGAGAAGAGGACAGAGGGGCGCCCAAGUGCUGUCGUCAAUAUUCAACACGUCCAGUCCUCCACUGGACACGGUAAAAUGUGUGAGAGCAAUAAAAGUGAAGGUGUGUGUGAUGACCUGCAACUGUGUCAGACCAAGAGUGGACCAGAGAGAGUAGACCUGUUUGGUCUGCCUGUGCGGUGGACGCCCACAGGGGCCGCCCACCACCCUCUGCCCGGCGCCCCCCAAGAUGCCGCUUACAGGACCGUUUUGACGCACGAGGAACACAUGUCAGCGCCCCUCUCGAGUGACAGACGUCCCUCGGAUACUGGCAUUUCUCCUGGCCUGGCGUCCUCCAGCGACGUCACUGCGGGUGAGAGUGGGGGAGAAACCGGGGUGGAGGUAGCGAGGGAGGUCUCCCCCACCUUCACUACACACACAGGUAGUGGUGAAACCUCCAGUGAAGCCUGUCAUUAUCAGCCUCCACCACCAGGUAACCUACUUCACCACCUCAGUGUACCUCCACAGGUGUUACGGGACGCAGGUGUGGUGGCACCCGCUGGCACUGGCCCCCAGCAUGACCCAGUGGGCACUAUGAGGGAUGCCACGCCCUCCAGCAUCGACUUGAUCACUGAGCGCACACAGCCGCCCAGGGCGUCGCACCCCACCCAACAGCCUGUUGAUCCACCCACUACACACCAUGCCCACCCACCCGACGCCAACUCUGACCUGCCCUCGGGGGACAGUGACACCGACACGGACAACACAGAUGGGGAUUACGAUGAGGAAGAUCAUUUCUCAGCUGAGGUGAGUCUCCGUAUUAGCGUACCGUCUGAAGCCGCCACUGCGGUGAAGUCUUUCCGUAGUUCAGAUAUUUCUCAAGUGAGUGGGGGUGAGGGAGGCGGGGCGGGGCGGGGCGCUGCCCCAGAGCCUCGAGCUGCCAGUCAGUCAAGCAGUCCAGCAGGAGUGCCAGAUACGGUAAGGUGGAGUGAGUGUCCGAGUGCCACGGACUCUCUCAGCGAGGUUAGUAGCCUCGACGCCAGCCUCACGCCCAUAUCGGAGAGUGCCACACGCCCAUCGCUCACUGAGCCCGCCACAGCACGCCCACGUCGCCAACACGUGCUUCAGACCCGCAUGGGUCGCACCCGCUCCUGCGGCGACCUGCGGCGGUACAGUGAAUCCGAGAGUGAGGAGGAGGCCGCAGACAUGUCCGGGUUGCCGCAGUCAGUCGCAAGACUGCCGCAAGACGCAGGCACUCGUCCUUUCAAGUCCACCUUUGCCACGUACAUAGAGCAACAGCACCGCCAAGGUGAGUGGCACGGGGCCACCCGUAGCGGGGGGCGGCGCCCACGACCGCCCCCCGCGCACCCGCUCUCCGGCUCCGACGCCAGCGAUGAAGAGGUCAGGUCACAUUACGCAGGUCACAGGGGUCACUGCAGGCCGCGCAGGCACAGAAGCUUCCACGAGGCACCCCCAGCCUGCAGACACGAACCACAGGCACUGCGGCAGGUGAGGGGUGGCACCUGGGCGGUGCCGCCCCCGCCCCCGCCCGCACCCCUGCCAGGCAGGCGCCGCCCUCAACCCAUCAGUGUUGACCUGGCUGAAGAAUUUCUUAGUCAGGAAAGCUUUAAGCUUCCUAACGGUAAACAGAGUGCUGGGAAAGCUUUAGGCGAGAGGAUCUGCAGUGUUGAGCGUGGGGCCCCUGAACAGCAUCCUGGUGCUGGUACUGGGCCCUCCCAGGGACCUAGGCCCCCACCACCCAGCCAACAGCCAGGUGAUGGAGGCACCGCUAUUGGGGUGUGUGGGGGAGGGGCUCUGCCGGACCCCGCGGGGUCACGGAGUGAGGUGCGGCCGCCACCCCCUGUACUGACGCCGGAGCUGACGGUGCAGCGUGCCCCGCCGCCCCUGGCCCCGCCGCCCAGCCAACCCCCGGACCACCACCCUCACCAAUAUAGCUCCACGCUCGCCCAGUUGUCCAAUGAGUGCCACCCUGUACACACCGGGCACAGCAGCAGCGGCCCCACCCAUGACCCGCCCGCCGCCACCCACGACCCGCCUGCUGCCGCCCACGCUCUCACCCCAGCCGGAAGUGACCCCAGCCGACAGUGCCUACCUGCUGACACAUCAGUAAGUCCUGAGAUGGCGGAGGGAAGAGUUCGUGUCAGAACUAAGACAUAUGGCACUCACGGGGAAGUGGAAGUGUACUUAGCUAGGGCGGACAGUGGCAUCACCCCGCCCCACCCUUCGCCCGUCCUCACGCCCACGGGCGGGGCGGACCACAGGCCAGGUUCCAGGGGCGUCACCUUCUCGCCCUCCGUGAAGGAAGUGAAUUGGCGCGAGAGUUACUACGAUGUAGAUCCCGACGAGGACACUGCUGACGCAGUUGACGUCAGAAAGGUGGUGGUGGUGACUGCAGAGUCUCCCAGGCCUCAGCGAGUCACCGUGGGCACCCCACCACCGGCCCUUGUGCCCGUAAAUAGCACAGCUGUGCCCGAAAACACUGCCGGGAACCGUGCUUCCUCUCCCGGGCACACUGUAUCUGCCCUUCCCGAACAUAUCUCUCCUGCACCCAACCAUGCUACCGAACCCAAACACACCUCUGCCGAACCCAAACAUAUCAUUACCGUGCCCGGACACAUCCCGACCGUGUCAUCCAAUAAUGUAUACAACCGUCCUGACAAGGCUAACGGCAUAGCAUCAGAGCAGCCGGUGUUAUCUUCCUCUUCAGAUGCGGAACUCAAUGGAGAGAAGUCUCCGAAGGUGUCAACACCGAUCUGGCAGAGAUUCAAGCUACCAAAGAUCCCAUCACCGAAGGCCCAGCGGCCGAAGCUCCCGCCGAAGCCGCAGUCGCUCUCCUCUCGCUCCUCCGACACGGAGAGUUCGAAGCCUUCCAGCCCUGCCCCAGACAGCGGCUCUUCGACUCCCUCGUCCCCCGACAAUAGACAGAAGAAGGCCCCAUCCAGCCCCAGGUUCUUCACGUGGGGGAACAAGCGUGACAAGACAAGGAACCUUCCCCGUCCCCUGGUGUCACCUCCUCCCCCACCUGCUCAAGGAAGCACCAGGCAGGUGAGGCAGGAGCUGGAGGUUGAGGUUAAAGGUGAACCGGAAUCGUCAGUGAGUGUCGGGGCAUUGUCCCACGAGGACGGUGUGGGUAGCUGCAAGAGUGCAAGUGGCGACUGUUUAGUGAAAAGAGUGGUGCCUCGGGAAAGUGUGAGUGCAGUGAAAGGUUUAGAUAGGGGCGGGAACUAUACACAUAGUGCCACGAUAGGCCUUAACGAAGGUGUGGACUUGACAUGCAGUGCCGCGAGAGGUGUAAAUAAAAGUGUAGACUCUGCAGACAGUGCUACGAGAGGCCUCAACCAAGGUGUGGAUUCUACAUACAGUGCCACGAGAGGUGUAAACAAAAGUGUGGACUCUGCAGACAGUGCUACGAGAGGUGUGGACGCAGAGUUGUGCUCUGCAGAUAGUGAUGCGAGUCUUGAGUCUAACAGAAGUCCAGCACCGUCGGUGACAUCAGGCGAUGACAGUUCUGACAUUGGACAGCUGCACAGUCCUCGUUCAGCUGUGUCGAAGCCACCUCUACCACCGCAGCUGCAGCAGCGACCCUCCCAGCAGGUGUUCCACAAGGCGCGGCUCCUCAGCGCUCGUCGCCAGUACUUCAGCCAGGAGCGACAGGUGUCCGCCCCUGAGAGGUCCUCCCCACCUAAAGACUUGAACGACUCCCCCGCCCCCGUCGCCCAGCCGCCACCGCCGCCCCUCUCCGCCUCCAGGUACAAUUCCGCUUUCGACGCCUCCAAGAGCCUGAAAGAAAGAUUUGAAAAGUUCUCGGCAAGCGCUCGAGCAGAACGCGAGCGUCUAGCUAAGAGCACCCCUGACCUAAGUGUGAUAGAGGCGAGUGUGCGCCGGCCUGGCCCUCGUAUUGAUUCUUGCAACCAGCGUGAGCAGCAGCAGCAGCAGCAGCCUGACUCCGGUAGUGCAGCCUGGGCCAGUGAUGGUGACACAGCUGAACCCGCCCACGCCCACCACGGGGUCUCUAACGCCCACAACAAGGCCAGGGCGGCUAUCCACGAGCGGUACAAGACCCGGGCGCAGCGCAUCUACGCCCGUUCGCGCACCCAGAGCGUUGGCGUGCUAGAGACUGACCUGGACACAGGAGCGUCACGAGAGGUGCUGACGCUGCAGGAGACUAACUUGGACGACCUGUACCGUGACCUGCAGCAGUUGCUGGACACCCUCCCCGCCCUGGGCGCGCCCCAGGGGCACUCAGACAAGGCCAGAGCCAAGUCCUUGCUGGACCUGGAGGGUACUAGUGCCACCAUGGAUGACCAGUUGACCGCCCCGCCACGACCACCUGACACCAGAGCCAAGAGUAUGGAAUUUCUGCUAGAUGACAACAACAAAGCUUCUGUAGAGGUAAGUGCCACUCACCUGUGCUCACCUGAUCUAGGUGCCACUCACCUGUGUUCACCUGAUCUAGGUGCCACUCACCUGUGUUCACCUGAUCUAGGUGCCACUCACCUGUGUUCACCUGAUCUAGGUGCCACUCACCUGUGUUCACCUGUUCUAGGUGCCACUUGCUUGUGUUCACCUGUUCUAGGUGCCACUCACCUGUGUUCACCUGUUCUAGGUGCCACUCGCCUGUGUUCACCUGUUCUAGGUGCCACUCGCCUGUGUUCACCUGUUCUAGGUGCCACUCGCCUGUGUUCACCUGUUCUAGGUGCCACUCGCCUGUGUUCACCUGUUCAAGGUAUCACUCGCCUGUGUUCACCUGAUCUAGGUGCCACUCGCCUGUGUUCACCUAUUCUAGGUGCCACUCGCCUGUGUUCACCUAUUCUAGGUGCCACUCGCCUGUGUUCACCUAUUCUAGGUGCCACUCGCCUGUGUUCACCUAUUCUAGGUGCCACUCGCCUGUGUUCACCUGUUCAAGGUACCACUCGCCUGUGUUCGCCUGAUCUAGGUGCCACUCGCCUGUGUUCACCUGUUCAAGGUGUCACUCGCCUGUGUUCACCUGUUCAAGGUGUCACUCGCCUGUGUUCACCUGUUCUAGGUGCCACUCGUCUGUGUUCACCUGUUUUAGGUGCCACUCGCCUAUGUUCACCUGUUCAAGGUACCACUCGCCUGUGUUCACCUGAUCUAGGUACCACUCGCCUGUGUUCACCUGUUCUAGGUGCCACUCGCCUGUGUUCACCUGUUCUAGGUGCCACUCACCUGUGUUCUCCUGUAGGUGUCGCCUUCACUAUGUUCACCUGCUGUAGGUGUCGCCUUCACUAUGUUCACCUGCUGACGAGUACAUCGUGUGAGUACUUAGGACGAGUCAUCCGUGUGGAGUACUUAGGACGAGUGCAUCCGUGUGAGUACUUAGGACGAGUACAUACGUGUGAGUACUUAGGACGAGUACAUACGUGUGAGUACUUAGGACGAGUACAUCCGUGUGAGAACUUAGGACGAGUGCAUCCGUGUGAGUACUUAGGACGAGUACAUCCGUGUGAGUACUUAGGACGAGUGCAUCCGUGUGAGUACUUAGGACGAGUACAUCCGUGUGAGUACUUAGGACGAGUACAUCCGUGUGAGUACUUAGGACGAGUACAUCCGUGUGAGUACUUGGGACGAGUACAUCCGUGUGAGUACUUGGGACGAGUGCAUCCGUGUGAGUACUUAGGACGAGUGCAUCCGUGUGAGUACUUAGGACGAGUGCAUCCGUGUGAGUACUUAGGACGAGUGCAUCCGUGUGAGUACUUAGGACGAGUGCAUCCGUGUGAGUACUUAGGACGAGUGCAUCCGUGUGAGUACUUAGGACGAGUGCAUCCGUGUGAGUACUUAGGACGAGUGCAUCCGUGUGAGUACUUAGGACGAGUGCAUCCGUGUGAGUACUUAGGACGAGUGCAUCCGUGUGAGUACUUAGGACGAGUGCAUCCGUGUGAGUACUUAGGACGAGUGCAUCCGUGUGAGUACUUAGGACGAGUGCAUCCGUGUGAGUACUUAGGGCGAGUGCAUCCGUGUGAGUACUUAGGACGAGUGCAUCCGUGUGAGUACUUAGGACGAGUGCAUCCGUGUGAGUACUUAGGACGAGUGCAUCCGUGUGAGUACUUAGGACGAGUGCAUCCGUGUGAGUACUUAGGACGAGUGCAUCCGUGUGAGUACUUAGGACGAGUGCAUCCGUGUGAGUACUUAGGACGAGUGCAUCCGUGUGAGUACUUAGGACGAGUGCAUCCGUGUGAGUACUUAGGACGAUUGUUGCUAACUUUUUCUCACUUUGCAGAAUUGGCCAGUCUUGUGAAUAGUUUAAGCAGUGCAUGCAGCAGCCUGCGGGACAGCAGCAGAGACAGCACAGCAGCCAGCACUAAUGACAGCACAGCUGUCAUUGUUGACAGCAGCAUAGGUGAUAGCAGCAGAGCAGGUAGCAGGCACAGCCUGUCAGACAGUGGUCAAAGCACAGUAGAUCGCAGCACGGUAGGUAGCAGACACAGCACUGCUGAUACUGUCAACAGUGGCCUCAGCAGCCGUAACAUUGAUAGCCUAAACAGCAGAAGCAGUGUUCUGAGCAGUGGCGGAUGUAGUAGUAGAGGGAGUGUGGGGAGUAGCAGUAGAAGCAGCAGCAGCAGGGCAGGUAGCAGCAGAGAUGAUAUGCAGGCCUCACCAGGAAGUGCUGAACUGGAGGAGCUCUCUGGGCGGGCUCCUGCUGGUGCAGUGUUUGAUGAUGAAGUGACUCCUUCAGGAAUCAACCUGUCCACACACCCGGUGAAGCCUGUGCUUCACUCCAGGGAGGACCUUCAGCCACCAGCUCCGACGCUUUACCUAAAUACUGCUGUGAGCUCUACCCAGAGUACCAAGAGCAAUGCCUUUCCAUACAAUUCCCCAGCACAGGAUGUGGGGGCAAGGAGGCUGGCAGAUGUGGCUUACAGAGACCUCAGCACAGAGCCUCAACAGUAUCAGGAGGUGGGGAGUGCAGGUGACCCUCACCACACUAGUUACCAGGACCAGCCAGGUUACGAUGAACACUGCAAUAGAAAUGACAGGGUGGGAGGGGCCUUUACCAUCUGCCAUGAGGCUGGAGAGAUGGAGAAGCCCACCAUGCAUGAUCAGCUAAGUGACAGCACCACACUGGAGGAUGUCUUGGAUUCUCUCUUGGCUUUGCCCUCUGCCUCCAGAUCACCGAGCCCUGUUAGCAGCCAUCCACUGGGGAGGCCCUUCAGCCACCCUGGGUUCACCAGGGCACAUGAUGAGAGAGAUGCUGCUCUCUGUACUUCUCACCGCAGCCUGGACCAGGCCCAGGGGCAGGUUGCAGGACACCCUCUUGAUGAACUCCACUAUGGCUACCUUCGCAAUCACGACCUUCCUACCGACUUCAAGAACGAAGGUUACCGCAAGUCCUUCACUUACAGCUCGUGCAGUGGUGACAACAGCUUCCAUCAACAGCAGCCAGUCGGGACGGCCUUUCCUGGGGGACGUCCCUACGACCCUCCUCCACCCUCAGAGGGAUCCUCCGUGUCCUUCUUCCUCGGGAGGGACGAAGGUGAUAUUCUCAGCGAGCUGCCUAUCACCGCUUCGCACACCCUCGCACGCGCCCGCACCACGCACGCGCACACGCAUGUGCACCUGGACCUGAGUGGCAGAGCAGCCACAGCACGUCGAGUGGAGAUGGUGGAGGUGUCGGGACCAGACGGCACCAUUACUGCACACCACCUGACAGAGGCCAACCAAGCCACAGGUGUCCUGCUCCACCAGUCUGCUGCCUUAGUCACUCACAGGCUCCAGUACACCCACUCCCCUGCUCUUACACAUCACACCCACGCUGCUUAUACCACCCACUCUGCUCCUUUACAGAAUGCCCACACCUCAUUAGCUAACAGUCCUCAUGGGUCUCCUGCCCACCCCCUCAAGACUUUUGCACAGUCAAACCUCCCUCACAACAUCCACCCUCCUUCCCCUCUCUCGCAAGCCUCUCACCCAACACCCACUGCUGCUCUCGCCCACCACCCACUCUCCUCCACUUUCACUAACAGCACUCACACCCAGGCCACGACCACCACUGUAGUUAACUCUCAUAACACUCAAGUGUCCCCCUCUUGUUGCCAUGAUGUUCAAGUGUCUAGCAGCAGCAGCAGCAGUAGUGCUGUGUCCAACACUUAUGUGUCCAGACCGAGUGUGUCCGAGUGUGUUCCAGUUCACACUGCUGGCACACGUGUCCCAGGUCACACAACUAGCUCCCGUGCCCAAGGUCAUCCCUCUGGUAUCCUUGUCCCAGUACACACUACCACCACCCGUGUCCCAGCUCACACAGCUGCCACACGUGUCCCAGUUCACACCUCUAGCACCCGUGUCCUCAGCAGCCACACCCAAUCACAACAGAGCAAUGUUCCUAGUCAUUUUGUUCCCAACAGCCAGAGUUCCGGGCAAGUCAAUCAGCUGGGCACCUCACCUCCCCGCCGAGCCUCGGCAGAGGCUGCCCCAGUGUGCCCACCUGAUCCCCUGACUGGCGCUCUACUCUUCAGUAGUGUGAUAGCAGUUGCUCCCUCCAUCAUUGAAUCUCGGCCGCCCCCAGGCCCUCGCGUCACCUUCCAUCUCCCUCCCCGACAUAUGAACAUUCCGCCAGAUUCCUCCUCUGAGAAUGGCAACGGCAAUGAGAAUGUUCGAGUUGAUGCAGAUGAGGAGUCUGGAGUCUCACCACUAGGUGUGCGAUGUCGCAAUCCAGCAUGCGGACAAAUGGCAGAUACAGAGGAAGCUCGCCGAAGCUACAAGGUGUGCCACAAUUGCUGCACCUUCUAUUGUUCAAGACCAUGUCGCCGCCAACACUGGGAGCGGCACAAACGUCAGUGCAAAAAAAUUCGGGCCCUGGCUGUUGCCAAGCAGGUAACUGCAAGGGUGAGGGAGGACGAUACUGUGUUAGAGCGCAUCAGUGCAGUGGCGCGCCGGGGGGCCCGUGCCCUCGGCCGUGGGGCAGUUAAAGUAUACUUCCAUGACAUCAAAGCUGCAGAAACAUUUGUGGGGGGUGGUGAGGUGCCUGAGGCCCACUACCUUACCAUACCAAACUUGCUACCCCAGGAGACAGGUCCAGAGGUCUACAAACAAAUCACUGACCUCUGUAAACAUUAUAACCCAGAAUAUAAAUUUGUGCUUUAUGUUAGCAUAUGUAUCAUGAACGAGAUCCCCACAGGCUCGUCACCCAAGUGGGAGCGUGAAGUGGUGUCGCAGUGUGCUAAGUUAAGACUGACGACAGGUGCUCGGGGGUCAGACUCGUGGAGCCCACGUCCUGAGCGACAUGUCAUCACUCGGGACAUGGAUGAGCCCGAAACUCUCAUCCUAACAUCGGCCCCCAUCCCCAACUCAAACACAUCUCCACAGGCUGCUAGACACAUCGCCUUUAACAACAUUGUGCGGCACUUGCGGGAGAGAGGCAUCAGCAUGCGACACCAGUACCCAGAUGUUCACAGGAAGUUGACAGCGUAUGUGGAAGCUGGCGAGGUCUUUCCCCCACUGACCAUCUACCCUCGGGACCCCAAUACGGGUUCCACCUUCAUGUGCAUCAUCAUGCCCGAAACGGACCAUGCCAAGCUCCAGCUCCUCAGCAACGAUGCCUCCAAGGUCCGCACCAUCGACAUCUCUCGCCCGCACCCACCUGCUUGAGGAUGUUUUUCACCCCUCCCUCUCUUGCAAUCUCACCCAGCAUAUUGUAGCCUAAUUCCUCAUUGCAUCACCUCCCAUAUCACCAGUGCCACUACCGCCACCCCCAUAAAAAGGGGUCUUCAGGUUACCAUUCAUUCAUUCAUUCCUUGCCUUCAUAAAUGAUCAUCAUAAUUAGCUGGUUUUCCCGCUCAACCAAAACUCAUCCCGGUCCAGCGAAUACAUCAUGAAACAAGAUGAUUAUCUUCACCACUCCAUAGAGACCUCUGCCUGUCUCCAUCUCUCAUUUCUCAGCAGACUGACUCCCCCCCCUUCCUGUGUGUUUCCUCAACUCCCUGUGUGGGGAGUGUCAGUCCUCUCCCCAGGACUUGUGAUAUCUCGGUGUUAGUGAUUGUGAUGCUCACUGGCCUUAGCUUCAGCAGUCACCCAGCUUUUGUACAUGAACGCCAGACUUAUUUUGUGCAAUAUGUCUCUUGUUUUUGUAAUGCAGUCAGGUAAUGUGUGGAGACAAGCGUGACAUUACAAGUCUGGUGUUGCUCCCCCUCCUUCCUAGGGUUUAUUUACUUCACAAUCCAGAUGGGUGCCAGUUAAUCAAUCAUUUAUGUAUUCAUUCUCAGUUUAUAGGAUGUUUAGGCAAAUGUAAAUAUGUUUUGUUACUGAUGAUAGACAUAUUCUGAUUUAAGUACACUAUUUACACUUGUUAGUAUUACAAAUUCCAUGUUUUACUUGUUACUGGAGAAUAGCCAUGUGAGAGUACUAUACUUGGUGAUGUGUGACCUGUGUGCUAUUGAGAGAUGUCAAGAAGUUUUAAGGAUACUUCUGGUAACAUUAACCACAUGUGGAGUACACUUGCCCUGGUCAUCGUAUGCUGAAAAUUGUGGGAAUGUUCCACUGUAAAGAACUGAUUGAAAAAACACUUUCAGUGAUCAGCUGUAAGAGACUGAUCUGGCAGAUUAUGUGGCUUUGCAACGUCUUUCAUACUGACGACAGAUUACUAGGAACAUUAGCUGUCACGUCUGCAUCUCACUCAUUCGUGUGUUAUGUUUAUCAGAAUGUUUGCUGGUUUUCACUUGCUUGUUUGGACAUUAAGCUCUUCACUGUUACCACACAGGAUGCAGUGCAUGCCUCGUCUUGAGCUCUUACGGGCCCUGAUACCUCGCCUUACCUGAUCUGUUAUUGGUUCUGGGGAUUACUUUCCAUAUGGCCCAGUCUCACCUUGAGCCCUUGUGCACAAUGUGUCACCUAGAGCUCUUGGGGAUAGACACUUCACUAAAAGCCUUUCAGGCCCAAAAUAUACAGUCAGUAGCAACUUUGCACAGAGACCAUGGCAGUUCUGUAUGCAAUAGUGAAUAAUGUUCACCAAACCAAUGUUAACGCGACAAUUGUAUGCUGAAAAUGGUAUACAAUAUUAAGUCAAUGAGUAAGACAUGUGCAAAAAAAUGGGUAUCUUUAUUGUUGAAACAUUUCACCUACAUGGUAGACUUCUUCAGUCAAAUACAGAGGGGAAUAAACUGGAGGCAGCAAGUGUUCUUCCACAGUACAUUACAACAAAGAUACCCAACUGUUGCACAUGUCUUACUCAUUGACAUUUGUAAAUGCUGGCAAAACUGAAAUGUCAUACUUAUUGCUGUUUCUUUUGGCCCCCAGUCUCAUAAUUACAAGAUGCCAAAGUAAGAUAAUUUAUGAAAAAAGAGGAGAGAAUAACCAUAAUAUAAAUGACACUGGAAGUAAUUAUAAUACUGCAACAAUAAAAGUAAAAUAAAGAUUAUUUAAAGAAUCAAAAACAUCUGUUCUGUGAGAGUAAUUGCAAUAGGUGCUCCUUGACUUGCAAUGGGGUUAUGUUCUGAUGAACUCAUCGUAAGUUGAAAAUGUCCUAAGUCGAAUACGAUGUGAUAAAUAACUACUGUUGUUGAAUGAGUAAAUAAACAAAUAAUUACUAUAAUUAACUAAAUACCUGUAUUGAAAAGUGAAUAAAUGAAUACAAGUUUAUCCUAUCAAUAAAUGUACAGUGCUGUACAGUACAGAAUGCGCAUCACUAUCGCACCAUCGUAAAGUAGAAAAAUUGCAAGUUGAACCAUUGUAAAGCGAUGAGCACCUGUAUUAAUAUUCAAGGUUAUGUAUCACUGUAUAUUCAAGGUUAUGUAUCUCCACUGUAUAUUCAAGGCUAUGUAUCUCUGCACUGUAUAGUCAAGGUUAUGUAUCUCCACACUGUAUAGUCAAGGUUAUGUAUCUCCACACUGUAUAGUCAAGGUUAUGUAUCUCCACACUGUAUAGUCAAGGUUAUGUAUCUCCACACUGUAUAUACACAGAUAUUACAGUAAUCCCUAUAUUAGGGAUUAAAGUAGAGAACCUUUAACAUUAGUGUUUAUGUGACUGCGGCCUUAAUGAACCGUGAACGCUGGACAGGCCUUCAACCUAGCAAACUCACUUGUUGACUAUGAAAACAUUUUUCAUGAAGAUGGUAGAUCAUAUGAAUCUAUGUAAGUAUGCAGAAAUAUGUUAAUCAUACCUUAAAAUAUAUACAGUAUGCAAGACUUUCUAGAAUAUUUGGGAUGCAGGAAAUAUAUUAGUCAAUUAUAUUUGAUUCAAACUUAGAAGAAUUUAUCAUUUUAAUAUUGUUAAUAUUCUUAUUAAAUCAUUAUUAUUGCUAACUUUUCAGGCCUAAUUAUUACUAUAUCUAUUGAGAGUAAUGAGAUGAGUAAAUCCCUUUACUAGAAAUACUGAUGUUCCUAUGACAGAUCAAUGUUGAUAAGCAGACCUAUUACAUGUUAAAAAAGUUCUAAAUUAAAUAUUAUAUCUAAAGAUUAUAGAUUUCUGGGGCAUUAUAUUAGGCUAUAAGCAAUGAGUUAUGCGAGUGGGUGUGAGGUGUAUGGGAUAGUGUGUUCGCGUGAGUGAGAGUGAGAGAGAGUGAGAAUUCAGUCAUGCACAUAGGAAGAUAUUACCUAUUUAUACUUACAGGAGUAGAGCCAUGGUCACAGUGUCCCAACUUCAGAAUUUAAGUUUGCUAUUUUUUUUUUUUUUUUUCAAAAUCUCUGUGAAGAGCAACUCUGCAGUUCCUCUGUUUACAAUCUGAGAACAACUUCAUACUUCUUCUUGGCAUCUCUUCAUUCCUUUCUCUGAGUAUUUUGUAUAUUGUGGCAAUUCCUGUUGUUGUUUUAUCCCCUCAUGCUGUCUAAAGAUGACAUUACCUGAAACCUUCAUUCUAGUGAUUACAAGUUAAGAGACUCGUCUCUUAAACUAUAUUCACUGGCAUUAUUGGUUCCUGAUAUCUUGGGCUUUAUCAUACCCACUUUAGAAGCUGCAGUAUUUAGUUUGCCUGUACCACUUUCUCACUUGGCUCACUCUACUUAUUUACCACCCUGCAACAGAGAAAACAUUUCCAAACAUCUCUGAAGUUUGUCAGUGCCCCAUGGCUUAGUUGGCAACAGUCCUGCCUCACACACUGAGUGUCUGUGGUUCAAUACCCGGCAGGGUGGAAACACUGGGCACGUUUCCUUACAUUUUCUGUCCUGUUCAUCUAGCAGUAAGUAGAUACCUGAGUGUUAGUCGACUGGUGUAGGUCUCAUCCUGGGGGUCAAGACUGAAGGACCCCAAUGGCAAUAAGACAGUUCUCAGUGAUGGGCUGACUUUCUUGGGUUAUUAUGGGUGGCUAACCCUCCAGGUUAAAAAUCCAAACAAAUCUGAUCUUACCUCACUCAACCAUGCACCUCACAUUCUAAAUAGUCUGUCCUUGACUUGGGCAAAUUUCAAACCCAUGAAAGGAAACAAGUGCGUAGUACAAUUAGGACAUCUUUACUAGAUACCUGCUGUUUUAAGUCAUUACCACCUGUUGUUGUCAUGUCUUAGCCAUUACCACCUGUUAUCUUAUUCAUUGCCACCUGUUGUUCUGUCAUUACCACCUUUUGUUUUUAGUCAUUACCACCUGUUAUUCUUACUCAUUACCACCUCUUGUUCUUAGUCAUUACCAGCUGUUGUUCUAUAUUGGUCAUUACCACCUGUUCUUAGUCAUUACCACCUGUUAUUCUAUCUUACAUUUUUUCUACUUAAUUUAUCUAUAAAACUUUCUUCCCAUACAUGAAUUUGUUCCAUUUUUUUUCAGUCUGUCCAUCCAUCUACUAGUUUUCUUUCCUCAUAACUAUUGUUCUGACCUAGUGCCAUCUGCCAUCAACACAGGGUUACUAACUUUUCUCAUAGCUAUUAUUUUGACCUAGUGCAAUCUGCCAUCAACACAGGGUUACUAACUUUUCUCAUAGCUAUUAUUUUGACCUAGUGCCAUCUGCCAUCAACACAGGGUUACUAACUUUUCUCAUAGCUAUUAUUUUGAACUAGUGCCAUCUGCCAUCAACACAGGGUUACUAACUUUUUCAAUAAUUUAUUUUACAAUGCAUAUAACGUUCCCUUACCCCGGGAAUCUUCCAUAAAAAUUUUCCUCGGCAUAUUUUGGGACAACACUCACACACAUUGCAUUACUCCCUUUAAUAUAAAGAGGUAGAGACUUCCAUUUCUUUUAAGUUAUCAAGGCUGACUUCCAUUAAAAAAUGUAGCAGUUACUCAAGUGUGAGUGUGCAUGCGUGUACAUGCUUGUGCAUGUGUGUGUGUUAUCCACUUUGGCUUCUUCAUGUGUUAUCCACUUUGGCUUCUUCAUAUGUAAACCUCUUUUGCCCCAUCAUAUACUGUAUACAUCUUUACUCCAUGGUUACAGUGUACAAUAGGUGUACAAUUGUACAUGAUGUAUAUGUUGAUUGUAUAAAGAUAUAAAUGAAUCGACUGAUCACACAUUUGCAUUCAAAAGCGCUCGCAAGUGUCAAACUUGCACACCCUGGCUUCCUUUCUCCUAUAUACACUGUUUAAUCAAAUACUGACACGUUUAAACAGUUUUGUUGUAUAUUUUUCAUAGAUAUGAUGAUCAUACGUGUGUAUUACCUUGCAUUUCUGUGCAACAUACAUAAGUGCCUACACUGCAUUUCAUUGCCUCAUGCAACUUGCAAGUUCUUGAGUCUUGGUCUUGGCGUGAGAACGAGGUAACUGUCAAAUGAAAAAUAAUUCUCUCUCUCACGUUGAGAAAUAACCAAAUUGUUUAAUAUAUAUUUUUCUUUCUUUCAACAAACCGGCCGUAUCCCACCGAGGCAGGGUGGCCCAAAAGGAAAAACGAAAGUUUCUCUUUAUAAAUUUAAUAAUUUAUACAGGAGAAGGGGUUACUAGCCCCUUGCUCCUGGCAUUUUAGUCGCCUCUUAAAACACGCAGAGCUUAAGGAGGAAGAAUUCUGUUCCACUUCCCCACGAAGGUAAGAGGAAAGAAACAAGAACAAGAGCUAGUAAGAAAAUAGAAAACCAAGAGGGGUGUGUAUAUAUAUACUUGUACAUGUAUGUGCAAUGUGACCUAAGUGUAAGUAUAGAAGUAGCAAGACGUACCUGAAACCUUGCAUGUUUAUGAGACAGAAAAAUGGACACCAGCAGUCCUACCAUCAUGUAAAACAAUUACAGGCUUUCGUUUUACACUCACCUGGCAGGACAGUAGUACCUCCCUGGGCGGCUGCUGUCUGCCAACCUACUACCUAAUGUUCAAUAUUUUUUUUUUUUUAACAAACCGGCCAUAUCCCACCAAGGCAGGGUGGCCCAAAAAGAAAAACAAAAGUUUCUCUUUUUAAAUUUAGUAAUUUAUACGGGAGAAGGGGUUACUAGCCCCUUGCUCCCGGCAUUUUAGUCGCCUCUCACGACACACAUGGCUUGCAGAGGAAGAAUUCUGUUCCACAUCCCCAUGGAGAUAAGAGGAAAUAAACAAGAACAAGAACUAAAAAGAAAAUAGAAGAAAACCCAGAGGGGUAUGUAUAUAUAUGCUUGUACAUGUAUGUGUAGUGUGACCUAAGUGUAAGUAGAAGUAGCAAGACGUACCUGAAACCCUGCAUGUUUAUGAGACAGAAAAAUGGACACCAGCAAUCCUACCAUCAUGUAAAACAAUUACAGGCUUUCGUUUUACACUCACUUGGCAGGACGGUAGUACCAAUAUACUACCUAAUGU